AUGAGCACAGCGGCUCUCAAGUUCAAACUUGGAGGCAUCGAUGAUCUCGUGAGAGAUUUGGAACUUGCCCAACUAGGCAAUCACAUUGCAACAGCAUUGAGAGAGAUGACGGGCAAGAAGCGAAAGGAUGUCGGUGAGUCCUCGAAAAUUACCGCGCUUGACUCUACCGCUGAGUAUACCGACAUUCGCUUUACACUCCGGUCAGAAUAUUACGCCACCCGGGUCAAUGGCAUCUGGUACUGA